AGCCUACAGUUCUGGGCCCUGGAACGCGAAGGCCCCAUGCGGUGGCCCUGAGCUCUCUCCCUGUCCCGGGCCCUGCACCUCCACUCGCACCCCACCCCUGAAGUCCAGACAAAGACCCCCUCCCCGUGCCCACCGGCCCGCCCAGCCCUGGACUGCGGAGCUCCAGCCAGAAGUGCUGGGCCGGGGCCUUUGGUGGAGUAAGAAGAGGGGGCAGGCUGCAGGCUCCCAGAAGCCAAUUGCUCCCUUGGUCCCCUGGACCUUGUAGUUAAGAGUUUGCAAGCCUUGAAUCUUAGAGUGCACGUUCAGCCCCCGUGGGGACCUGGCCUCUGGGCUGCGGCUUCCUGAGGCUCCACUCUACCAGCCACUGCCAGGUCCACCACACGCUGGGCAAUGUCCAGGGCCCUGCCUUGGCCCAGCCCCUUCCCUCUCCCAGGGCUGAAGCUGUGCUGGCUGGGGGCUUUGGGGCCCCUUGGCAGAGGGUGUGGCUCAUUCCUGUGGCCGCCUGUUCUUGGGAAACAGAGAGGCUGGCAAAGGGAUCCAGCUCUGUGGCGUCCUGGGCCUGGCAAAGAAUUGGUUGAAGCUCCAGCUUCCUGAGCCCCAGCCCCUGAGCCCCAGCCCCUGGUCCCCUGUUGGGGACAGUUUACAGUACAGGACAGGAGUGUUGGGACACCCUGGCCUUGGGCCUCCACGAUGCGCUGGCCAGGCCCCUGCUUCUGCUGUCACAGGCUCGCAGGGUGUGGAGUGUCCCACACUGACCAGCAGAGUCAGAGAUUAAGCUGCCUGAAUGCUGCCUGCACACCCACACCCCAGGAGCUCAUCUAUAGCCUGGCCCUUCAAAGCGAAGGUUGUUUGUCUCCGUUUUACAGCUCAGGAAAUUGAGGCCUACAAAGGUCAGGGGUAUCAGCAGGGACACUCACCUCUCUGACUCUUGUUCCUGGGUGGGGUCCUGGUCUCCCACUUUCUGCUGGGGUGGAGACCUGGAGCAUGGAAUGAAGGGUGCAGAGAGUCUCUAGGGCUGGGUGCAUCUCCCCUGCUGCAGAGCUCAGCUCCCCUGGCCAUCACCACGGCCAGCCCAAGGUGGGCCUGGGGCCCCUGACAUGGCAGGGCAGCCCUGUACCUAUGAGGCUUCUGUUCUAUGUUCUGCCAAGGUAAGGGUAGGACAGGCACAAUGGGCCUGGGUGAGGGGUGAGCAGGAGUCUUGGGGCGGGUCUGUGAACACCUCUGGGCAGUGGCUCAGCAGAAGGGAUCAGGUUCUCUGAGGAAGGUAGAGAUUUCCUGCCUUUUGGGACCCAGGUGGUGCCAGGAAAGCACUUGGCACAGCUGCCCAGGACUGGCCCCACCUCUCCCCAGGGGCAGGUCCCCUGUAGGGGUCUCUGGACUCAGGAGGACCUCUGAAGGCCCUGGCCCCUCUCCCAGCAGAGUAGGGCCAGCUGAGUGCCAUCCUUCCAGGGGAUAGAUGGGUGGGUGGGCUUCUUUAUGCUGAGGGGUACCUGCCGACUGCAGCCUCUCUCAUCAGCCAGCAGACCCUAUGGACCACACGGCCAGGCUGUGGCUUGGGCUGAUGGGCAGAUGCCAGCAGGCCAGGAGGAGCUUCAGCAGUGCCCCUCUGGCUCUGGCUGGCCCUGGAAGAAGUUCCAAAGCUCCUCACCCAGACCAUGUGAUCAGCACAGGGAGACCCAGGAGCCAGAAGGCAUGGUGGGAAGGGGGCCAUGGGUGGUCAGGCAGGUGAGGGAAAGACAAGAGUAGUGGGCAGUGCCCAGGCUAGGUUUUCACUGAGGUUACCUGAAUCCUCUGCUCACAUAUGCGGGGCCUGGGAGGGCUGGGCACCCUAACUGGCCUGUGGGUUCUCCUCUGGACUGGGAAGAUGACCUGAAAGAACCAGGGCAAGCUACCUGAGUGGCACUGCCUCCUGUGGGGCUCUGCAUUCUGCAUCCCUAUCUAAAUGGACCAGACUGGCAGGGCCACUGUCUGCAAGGAGACUGAGCUUGGGCCUAAGAUGGCUAGUCCUGCCAGAAGAUUGCCCCUGGGGAAAGUGAGAGAACCUCAAGUGUCCCUCCCAUGCCCUUUGCAAGCCAGCUUGUCUGGACUUCCCUGUCUUGUACAUCCGUCCCAUCUCACAGUUGUGUGAGCUCAGUGGCAUGGCUGUGGGGGACAAGAAUGUCCUGUCUCCUCAAGGCUGACCUUAGGGAUGGACAUUUGGGCAGCUUCCUGCCAGCCAGAGACCCCCAGCCUUCUCAAGGUGGUCUGGGUGGCCCUGGGCCUCCUUUCUGCUCCCUCUCUGUACUCCACCUUCAGUCUGGGGACAGCCCAGGACCCCAGCCUGUCUGGCUGCUGUCUGUGGCUUCUAGCUCUUGGGCAUGGCCGUCGUCAUCUGUGCUCUGGUGUUGGGCCUCUGAGUGAGCCCUGUUUUUCUGUCUCUCUGAACAGGUCUUCACACAAUGAACUAGAAAAGCACAGACGAGCCAAGCUCAGACUCUACCUGGAGCAGCUGAAGCAGCUGGUGCCUUUGGGCCCAGACAGCACGCGGCACACGACACUGAGCCUCCUAAAGCGUGCCAAGAUGCACAUCAAGAAACUGGAGGAGCAGGACCGCCGGGCACUGAGCAUCAAGGAGCAGCUGCAGCGGGAGCAUCGCUUCCUGAAGCGGCGCUUGGAGCAGCUGUCGGUGCAGAGCAUGGAGCGUGUGCGCACGGACAGCACCGGCUCCGCUGUCUCCACGGAUGACUCAGAGCAAGAGGUGGACAUAGAGGGCAUGGAGUUUGGCCCGGGUGAGCUGGACAGUGUUGGGAGCAGCAGUGAUGCCGAUGACCACUACAGCCUGCAGAGCGGUGGCUGCAGCGAUGGCGGCUAUGGGCGCCCUUGCAGGCCGCCUGGCCGCCCCAGCCUCUUGUAGGCCCCUCGCCUUGUGCUUCCUGGCUGCCUGCCUGCCCAGCUAGACGUGGCAGCACUCCGGUCCUCCCUCAGCUGAUGCCAGCCUCUCCUUGGCCCACUGCUGUGCCAUGCUGGAAGCUCCAGCUGCUGCCUGCUCAGGCUGCCAGCCUCUGCCCUCCCCGCCCCACGGGCAGGGCCCCCUGCAGGGAGGCAGGGCCCGGUAGCCACCACCUGGAGCCCAGCGUAGCCGCCCACGUCUGUUCUCCGAUUCUUAAUCAUUCCAGAAGUAUUAAAUGUCAUUGCUGCAAACCUCAGCAGGCACUGCGUAAAGGGCUUCCUGACCACCUCAGGGAGCCCAGCUCCAAUGCCGGAUCCCAGGAGGAAGGAGUGGCCGGAGGAAGGAAGGGAAGUGCGCCUGGCAGUCGUCCUCGAAGCUCCUGAGGUGUAGACAGAGCAGAAGGCUCUGCACCAGGCGGGACUUGGGUGAGCACGCUGGGGCACGCGGGCGGAGAGGCCGAGCCGUCCCAUGCCAGGCUGGGCAGCUUCUACUCUGUUAGGACCGGCAGAUGGGCACACGCACCCAGGCCUGCAGCCACGCACACGCUUGCACGCGCAGACACGUGAGCACCCACAGGACAGAUGUCCCGAGAGGCUGGCCUUCAAGGGUCACUGAGGCCAGUGCUGGCCCCCGCAGCUCUGACCGGUCUGCACAGGAACUGGGUUUCUCUUCCCUGCAAAGCCUGAGAAGGGCCAGGCCAGCAGCUGAGCCACUGGGUCCUUGGCUUUCUCAUCUCCAUUCUUCUCUCUCUUCCAUUUCUUUUCACACUUUUUUUGCAGUACUGGGGAUUGAA